AUGUUGGCUCUGCGGAAAUGGCCGCUCUUCGGUCUUCAACUCUUCAUAUUCCUUCACACGAGUGAAUCCUUCGUACUCCUAACAGCAAACAUAGAUGACGUCAAAAAGCUAGCAACGAAAUUCGUGUCAGAAUCUCUCGCAGAUAAAAUAGCUACAUUCAUAGCGCAAGCUGCUCAAAAUGUCAUGAUACCGCAGUCAGCAGAAACACAAAGAGAUGUGUCAGAAGAAAACAAAAAGUACAAUAUUAAACAACCAAUGUCUAAUGAAUUGAGAACAGAAGAGCAGAGACCGAGAAAAGAUGACGUUAAAGAUCAUAAGAAAAAGUUUUAUUUUAUCCAAGGAGAUGUAGUUUCCCGCGGACAAGACGACAUAAUGUCAGUGAAGAAAAAAAAGAUCCAUAACAAAAUGAAAAGCCAGCCAGUUGCCCGAACCAAUUCCAUAGAAGACAAUAAUGUUGACGGUCAAUUAAAUAAAACGAUAAACCGUGUCAUCGAAUUGAAUUUAAAACCAGAAGCAAACCAGAAUUUAAAACCAGAAGCAAACCAGAAUUUAAAACCAGAAGCAAACCAGAAACUAGAUUCGGGAAAAGAGAAAAAAACAAAUCACCACCAACGGCAUGAAUAUAAAUUAUUGGCCACAAGCGGGAACAUGAUUCUCACAAGAGUUAUAAGCAGUAGAGAAUCGAAUGAGAACCACGGAAGCACAAAGAAGAAAAGCAAUUAA